AUGGCAGCCUCCUGGGUGAGAGCCUGCGCCAGAGCAGCCCGCACAGGGCUAACAGCCUGGGCUCUGCAGCCUGUGGGCAGCCACUCCACCCAGGGCAGGGGUCUGCUGGCUGGGGGGCUGAGGGUGGGGAGGGGUGGUGGUGGUGGGGGGGGUGGGGGUCGUGCCCUGAGCUGUGCCUUUGUGCUGGGGGGCACCCUGGGUCUGUGGCAGACCGUCAGGCUGUACCUGCAGCAGCAGCAGCACCAGGCGGAGCAGCAGCAGCUCCUCACACAGAAUUCCAGUGAUGACCUAUCUCUCACGCUGUACCAGUACAAGACCUGUCCUUUCUGCAGCAAAGUCCGGGCUUUCCUCGACUUCCAUGGCUUGCCCUACAAGGUUGUGGAGGUCAACCCGGUCAUGCGGACUGAAAUAAAAUUUUCCAGUUAUCGGAAGGUUCCAAUUUUAAUGGCUGAGCCUGGGGAUAAAAUGCAAAUCAAUGAUUCUUCGGUUAUCAUUAGUGCUAUGAAGACUUAUUUAAUAACCAGGCACAAAGACUUAAAGCGGGUGGUCUCGUUCUACCCAGAGAUGAAGUCGAAGGAUGAGAAUGGAAAGGAGAUAACUGAGUACAACAACAAGUACUGGGUAAUGCUGGAGGAUCAGGAUGUCCUUCAGUAUUACCCCAACAAGGAGGCCAGGAAAGAAGAAAUGAAAUGGCGCAUGUGGGCGGAUGACUGGCUGGUUCAUCUCAUUUCUCCCAACGUGUACCGCACGCCAAGUGAAGCACUGGCCUCUUUUGACUACAUAGUACAAGAGGGAAAGUUUGGAAAAGUUGAAGGAUUUUUUGCUAAAUAUUUUGGUGCAGCAGCCAUGUACUUUGUGAGCAAGAGACUUAAAUCGAGACAUAACCUUCAGGACAAUGUCCGAGAGGACCUGUACAAAGCGGCCAAUAAAUGGGUAGCUGCAGUGGGCAGUCACAGGAAGUUCAUGGGAGGAAGCACGCCAAAUCUGGCUGACCUGGCUGUCUAUGGGGUGCUCCGGGUGAUGGAAGGUCUGGAAGCUUUCAAUGAUCUGAUGAUAAACACCAAAAUCAAGCCAUGGUAUAAGCAAAUGGAGGAAAUUAUUCAGGAGAAACAGAAAGCUGAACAUUGAAUCACUGCAGGAUAAUGUCAUCUUCUUGUACUGUUGCACAGUGCAAGAUACUGAUGUUUUAGAGUAUGAAAAUGAAAUCACUUCAUUGGAACGAGGAAUAAUCUUUUGAGUAGAAGGUGUGAUUGUCACUGCGAGCAUGAUUACAAUAAACAACAAACAAUAAACGGUCCUUAUACGCCUCGGAACUGUUAGGUAUGAAAUUCAUCAGGUAAACAGCAUAAUGUUGAAACGGCUUUCUGUCACCAUUCAAAAUGCACAAUUUUUUCGCGGGGGAGGGGAAUUGCAUAAAAUUUCUACUGUAGAAUGAAUUGGAGAAAUCUCUUUGCCAGUGGGGUCCAUAUUGCAGGAUUGGCAAAAUCAUCAGUGAAUAAUAAACCCAGAUGUGCCAUCAGCCGACCCUUUGGAACUCGCCUCAGACAUCCCGGGAUCUCAGUUCUGACUUCCCUGGAGUCGUGGCUGAGCUGAAUGCUGAAGUAUCAACAUCAGGGUUUGAUAUUCACAAAUCCUUUUGCAAAUCCUGCAGUUUCUAGAAAUAUAUUGGAAUGCAUACAAAUAUGUUAUAAUGGUUGAGUGGUUUGCAUCCCUCUUGUCACUUUCCAGGGGUUAUAACAUGUGCAACAGGUAUGAGGCACCGGUUCUAUCUCGUAUUGCAAUAAAAAUCUGCAAUGCUGCCCAGUUCCUAUCCAACAUUCAUACCUGUUGAGCCAUGAAAAUCAUACCACUGACUUUCAUUCUCUUCCUUGGAAGAGAUCACUAAUGGAAAGCAAUGCUGACUGCACAGCCAGUCAUUUAAGAAAAAAACUGGUUCCCUUCUAUUUCUGCAAAAGAAAUGUGUGAAUGUAACAUUUUUUAAAAGUGACCAGAUAUCAUAUCAACUUGUAAUCGAUCUUUUAAUCGACUCUUGAAGACCUGGAUACUGUUUGUAUGUGGGACACUUUGACCAUCUAUCUUACUCAAAAGAUGUUACAAUAAUGUGCUGCGCCUGCUCUUAACAUUGCUAUUUUUCUGUCACUGUCAUUGCAUCAAAGCCAUGUUUUUUUUUCCACUUUUAAGGCAAUUUUACUAAAGCUUCCAACAAUCUAAGACUCGUAACAGCCCAAAUUGCUAUGUAAUGUUUACAUGUAAGUUGAAGUUUACAGUAACUCUGUUACAGACCAGUAGCUUUGUGCAGUGUUCCACCGGGUUGGAAGGUCGUGGAAUUCACAGUGCAAUGUAUCACUGGCAAUUGGACUUGAAGGCCAGCUCAAAACUAGGAGGCACUUGGCCAUAGAUAGCAUUUAUAGUUAAUAAUAAUGUCCUUUGUAUUUUCCCAAGCCUGUGCAUUUUCAGAUUCUUGAUUUCAGGUGAUUUGCUGGUUACUUUUCUUGUCUAAAAUGCACAGGUUAUUAGAUACUUUUUUACGCGGGAGAAUCUGGAUUUGGGAAAAAUAAAACAUUUCGGUUUUGAAUAGGUUAAGAAAUGGUUUUGCUUUUGGUUACCAACCCAUUGGGUAAAUAACUACAGCUGUCCGAUGUAUUGUUUAGCUCAGAGUGGUGUAGCCCCAGACGGCCCCAGCUUUAAUGAUUGUUCUGUGUGGAGUUAACUGUUAUCGCUGGGGCAAUCGGGAUGUGAGAAACUUGGGGCAUGAAUUUGCAUUCUGCCAAUUUGUGAAUCUCCAAUGUUUAUGACCACAAGCAGCUUUGUCCUGACCUAGUGAAUAAUUCAUGGAAUGGCUUGUACUUAUUUAGUACCUAACUCAUGUGGUAACUACUUGCAAUAUAUGUUCCUGUCUUUAUGACAGACCUUCAUGUCAAAGAUUGUCCUUAUGUUCUCUCUCACUGGAAAACGUGCUAGUGCUAACAGGAGAGAGUGCCUGAGUGUGAAAUUUAAAUGUGAAAGAUCACUUUUAACUAAAUUUUCAACUCUCCGUGUUUUGCAGCAGGACAAAUGGGAGGUAUUGUCAGGCCAACUAUAAUCUAGACUUGAGAGUUGCAUGAUGUCACCUAUCCCUCAGUUAUGUUACAAAUCUCCCACCACCCAAUUAUUCUCUACAAAAUGCAUUUAUUUACUUUUUUUUAAUGUGUAGGAUCCAAUCAUAAUGUUAUCCAAGUUCACAUGCAGUCAAAGUGACCCCCUAAUGAAAUGAGCACAUGAGACUUGUGCAACUGUUGAAUUAUUUGUAUGUAUUUGGGCAAGAUGAAAUGAGACUUGUAGCCAUUUUUUGAAAGUUAUUGAUGCAUUUUGUGUUGUUGGACCUUUUGAAAAUGCAAGAAAAUGCUGUACAUGCAUUGUAUCUUCCAUUUUGCUUACUUUUAGGCAAACUUCAAAAGUAAAUAUUUUUGCCUGUCCUAUGCAUCCACACUACAGCGUAAAAUCAGUACAAUAGAAUCAAAGAAGGUUUGGCGAUUUUUUUCCCCCCUUUAAAUACCCCUUGGAAAUGGUGUCGAAAAUGGAUCUCCAAAGCAGCAAACUUGGGAGAAACUUAAUGGACAAAGGAGAUCAAGAGAUACUUGAAUGUCGCACAUUUAGUGGUUAGAAUAUUAGUUGAUUACUAGACAAACAUUGAUUAGUUUUAAUAAAGCAUUAUGAAUAUUA